GAAGCUAUUUUUCUUCGUGGUAUUUUCCGGCUGGACAGAUAGGAAACGAGUUUUAAGGAAAAGUGUUUUAACGUCGCUAAGAAAUUUUUCUCGGAUCCUUCGGGCUUUGUAGAUCUGAGGGUCCGUGAUGAGUCGAUAGUGUUGAUAGGGAAUCUUCUCGUUGUCUAUAUCGAUAUCUCUGACUUUCUGAUAGAAUCCGGGAGGAAAGGUAAAGGUCAGAUUCCUAGAUCUUAUCCUAGAAUGCACGGAAUUCUUCUAUAGAUAUAGAGAUAAAUUCAAUCGGAUUGCGGAUUAAGAUUCUUGCAAGCUCAGUUUAGCUCAGUUCAAUCUUUUUCAAGUGGAUGUUUUCGAAUAUUUACGGCUUGAUCCUUUUGCUGGGAAAGUAUUACGGUUAGAGUACGACUCCGGGCGUUUUUGUUUUUCUGAUGAAUUUCUUCACGGGAGUGAUGUAAGGAUAUAGUGGCAAGUUGUGGGUUAAACUAAUCUCCUUAAGUAAAGUUUGUUGGCCUCCGUGAAGUAAUAUACACAACCAUCUGUUUGGCAGAGGUGGAAUGAUGAAACAAGUGGUCCGACGUGGAGCGUGAUAUGAUUUUUUUCUGAUUAACAAAAGUGUCCAAAAUAGAAAGGGAAAAUUAUUACGGUUCAGUAACAAGUGGUGUUGGUGUGCUUUCCUGAAGGAGUUCUAACGUGUGGUGUUUAGAGUGUUCCGAGAUUAAAAGCAAUUUGAAAUCAUUCUUGUGUGGUUAUCCAUGGAUGUGUUGAUUAUGGAAUAUUAGGUGGCGGGUUCGUAGAGGAUAUAUUUACUUAUCGCUGGAUAGUAGUGUAGAUUAAAGAUCACAAUGUCUGAGCCAACAGCACCACCGAUCACCUCACCACCGCGACGUUGCCAAGAUCAUCCAUGUCUUCCUCCAGGCUUUAUCCUGCCACAGUCAUCAGAGUCUUGUAAAAACACACCGAAUAUAGGGCGUAAGCUAGAACACUCCUUGCACCACAAUCUCUUCAAAUCGGGUAGUCACAGCGCGCACAAUUCACCAUUGCCGCACAGACGCCUCGACAAAUUGGAGGGUGUCAUUCGGGAUAAACCCUCGCCACUAACAGGUCGUCGUCAUAUCGAUUCCGAUGAUUGUAGUAGCUCAAUUGAGCCAUCACCCAUCUUUCCUCGAAAAUGCAAUACCACCAGCCUGGGAUGUUCAUGCCCCCACGGGAAUCACAUUGACCAAAAUAGCCCCAAUUGCAGUCGACGACAUACAGAUGGGUCUAACACGUUGAAAUCACCUGAAAAUGUGGCAGACUCUCCGAGGCGAAGAGUUGAGUCAGAUUGCAGUUGCAUGCGAAAAAGCCACCCGGGGAGAAGCAAUUUCAAAGCAGGACGACCGGAAUGUCAUUGCUCCGCAACCCCGAAAGCGAAACGCAAAGACUUGUUUAGUUCGCCUGCAAAAAGUGUUCUUGGUGAACCAGGUGUGUUUAGUUCACCUAUCCAUCGACCGACUGAACAUAGUAGUUACGCGGGUUUUGGUAGUCCUGCGAAAAGUGUAAUUGGAGAACCGGGAGUGUUUGCUUCGCCUGUGCGUAGUAUUUGUGCUAGUCCUAGUCCUUGUGAAGACAAACUUGCUGUAACAGAUGACGAUGUUGCUGAGCAACCACAACCUGAUCAAACAGUUGUUUCGGGUUGGUUGAAAUUUCGGGACAACAAACGGUGGAAAAUUCGAUGGGGUGUCGUCACAAAGCUAUCACCAGCUGCAGGUAAGUAAUAAAGGCCACAUUCCAGAAUAUAUUUUCAGUAAAUC